CUCAGUACUGACUGCGACUCAGUGAAGGACUGUACCACUACGUCACACAACUUUCCUGUACGCUUUCACGAGUCUAGUUAGUGUUGGAAAACGCAAAUAACAAUUCGCGGCGAACUUUGUGGGAUUCAUGCGAGUUGCGGAGUGUAAUUAACGGUUACGGGAUGCUGGGUGAAAAACUUGUUGUGUGAUUUGUGGAAAUAACAUAUCGUGUCAUCAUGAUUAACACGUUUAGAUGAUCGUCUGUUUAUAUAUUUUAUUGAGAAGCAUCUGAAAGCAUGACUUUAUACCACAGAAGAAUACAGCAAUAAACAUGAGAAGAUCAAGAAGGAUAAGAAACAAUGGCGGAUGGCAGCAAAGGACGGUGACCCGCUGAGGGGCAAUAUGGCGGCGUUCCCGCGGCAUGGCGGUCCCCUUGCGCGCCUUCUCGUGCUCGCGGUUCUACAUGUUAAUUUUAUUGCCCUAGGUCUGGAGCCAGACUUCCUCUAUCCCCUGGAGAAUGUGACGAUCGCCCAGGGUAGGGACGCCAUGUUCACCUGCGUGGUAAAUAACCUCGGGGGUUACAGGGUGAGUGGCGACUCCGCCACUGCCAGGGUAGCGUGGAUCAAGGCGGACACUAAGGCGAUCCUGGCGAUACACGAACACGUGAUCACAAACAACGCCCGACUCAGCGUCACCCACAAUGACUUCAACACGUGGACACUCAACAUCCGAGGGGUCAAAAGGGAGGACAGAGGACAAUAUAUGUGCCAAGUUAAUACAGAUCCCAUGAAAAUGCAGACAGCAUUCCUAGAGGUCGUGAUCCCUCCAGACAUAAUUUACGAGGAGACGUCGGGAGACAUGAUGGUGCCUGAAGGCGGGUCAGCCAAGCUGGUCUGCAAGGCGCGAGGGUAUCCUCCUCCGAAAAUCGUGUGGCGGAGAGAAGAUGGAGGCGACAUCAUAUCCAGGGGAGGACCACAGGGAAAAACGAAAGUGACGUCACUGGAAGGCGAUAUAGUGAAUCUGACGAAGGUGACCCGUUCGGAGAUGGGUGCAUACCUGUGCAUCGCCGCUAAUGGAGUACCGCCCUCCGUCAGCAAAAGGAUAAUGCUCCACGUGCAUUUCCAUCCUCUAGUACAAGUGCCAAAUCAGCUAGUGGGGGCGCCCAGCGGGACGGAUGUCACGCUGCAAUGUCACGUGGAGGCUUCACCAAAAGCCAUCAACUACUGGACUAGAGAAAACGGUGAGAUGAUAAUAUCCAACGACAAGUACCACAUGAGCGAGAUCAACAGCUCAGCGUACAGUGUCCAGAUGAGGCUGGUCAUCAGGAACAUACAGAGGAGCGACCUUGGAGGAUACAAGUGUAUCUCCAAGAACUCCAUAGGCGACGCCGAGGGCAAUAUUAGAUUAUAUGAAAUGGAACUACCAAAUCGUAAGUUCCGGGACUACGAAGACCGGAGUGAUUCCUUAGAAGAAACGAAUGACGUGCGAUCCACACUCCAAGGUUCCUUACGAGAAGGAGGGCCCCGAACGGAGGACGCCGGUUUCCUCGGCGGCGGCGGGCCCUCCCUAUCCGCAGGGCCCCAGAGCACCCGGGCCCCGCUCACAGUCUUCUUGGUUACAGCAGCAGUACUCGCAUUCUAAACUUUGUUUUUAAAGCCAUGCCAAAAGUAACUUCUGUAAAGAAACGCUUAUAUCGCAUGUUUACUGUUCUUUCAACUCCAAACACGAGUUUCUCGUUGCGAUAUUGACAUUCAUAAAAAAAUAUGUUCAAUAUCGUACAGAUUUUAUUGUAUAUAACGUUUUUAUUUUUAGAAAAGUUCGAAAUCUGUUUUUAUUGUUUUCAUUGGAAAAUAAGCAUGAGAAUAUAACAUUAAAUACACCGGAAAAGAAUACGUAAAAUUUUGCAUGGCUUUUUGUACAGUGCAAACAGUAGAGAAAAUAAUCCUGAAUGGACGUUAAAUGGAGUAGAUAUCAAAUAGUGUUAAUGAAAAAUAAUGAGUAAUGAAGUAAAUACAUAUUUAUCGCUGUAUGGACAAAUUUAAAGUGAUUGUGGCAUUAUAAAAAUAAAAAUAGUAAACAGUUAUCGAACCAAGCUUAUAAGUAAUGUAAAUGACUAUACAAUAUUAACCAUUGAAAAGAAAUGUAUAUAUAUCUAAUAUCUUCCAAACAUUAGUCAGAAUCUGUUUUUUUGUCAAUUUUUUUUUUUAUUAUAUAUUUUUGAAGCAGUUUUUCCUUCUAUGUAAUUAACUAAUCUAACUUAUUUGUUAUCUAGAUCCACAUAAUGUAUCCUUAUAUGAACUGUAUCGAUUUCGCCAAACUUCCCUGUGCGGAUCAUUUAAACAAGUUUUAACUUUUUAAACUUUUUUACCUACUUACUCUAAAAUAGAAUGCUAUCAAGGCCGUGUUAAUUUGAAAAGUUACUACCUACUUUAAAAUAAUUUAAAUGGUUCCAAAAUUUAUAUGAAUGAGGACAAGAUUAGCAAAAGUAUUUGUUGUGAUGUUGUAUACUUAACGAAAUUAUGAAAUGUUGACGUGUAAAUAUUAAACUUAGCCAUAAAUUUAUUAAAUAUUCAAGUAAAAAAAUAUUUGCUUCAUUAUUUUGAUAAAACUGUAUUCCAAUAAUUUGUUUACUUUGCAUAUUUUGCAAUUCGAAUAUUGCGUUACUUAAUUUUCGUACGGGAUGUAAAUUUUUAACAAUACGUUAAAAUGUAUACAUAGGGUAAUUGUAAAUUGUUAAUGUUUUAAUACUGUUGAAUUUUAUGAUCAUUAUUUCUAAGAUGUGAAAAAUAUUGAGUGUGUAUUCAAAAUAAUACCUACUAUACAAUGUUCCAAAUAAUAUUCGGAGUAGGUAUUUUGUUACAUAAUAUAAUUUAAUAUCUACCAUAUGUAACACAUCUGUAACUAGUCUGUCAUUUUUUAUAUAACAGCCUUAUGUACGAUAUGAUAUUGCCUGCGAAACAAAUAUAAACGAAAUAAUGU